AUGGAACCAUCUCCUCAAUCCCUCUUCAGCUUCAAUGAACUCUGUGAUACCAUCCCACCUCAGAUCAGUUUCCUCCCCAAACUCAUCUAUCUUGAUCUGUCUUCUAAUCAGUUGUCUGGGCAAAUCCCACCAGAAAUUGGUCUUCUAACGAAUCUUGAGGUCCUUCACCUACAUGAAAACCAGUUAAAUGGCUCAAUUCCUCACCAGAUUAGUCAACUCAACUUUCUUUCUGAGCUUGCUCUGAGCAACAACAGUUUAGAAAGUAUGAUCCCGGCUUCUCUGGGUAAUUUGAACAACCUGACUUCAUUGUAUCUCCAUGAAAAUCAACUUUCUGGUUCUAUACCUGCUUCUCUAGGCAAUUUGAGCAACCUGACUACUUUGCAUCUACAGAAAAAUCUACUUUCUGGCUCAAUCCCACCAUCUUUAGGUAAUCUGACAAAGCUUACCUCUCUUCGUCUCUACCAAAAUAACUUAUCUGGAACCAUUCCGGAACAGAUUGGGAAUUUGAAAUCAAUUGUGGAUCUAGAGUUGGGUGAGAAUCAACUCAAUGGUUCCAUUCCCCCUUCAAUUGGUGGCUUGAGUAACUUAGUUUUCUUAAUCCUCCGUGAUAACCAACUUUCUGGCUCCAUCCCCCAAGAGAUAGGAAAUCUCAAGAAGUUGAUUUACCUCCAGUUGGAUACUAACCAACUUUCUGGUCAUUUACCCCAAAAUAUUUGCCAUGGUGGAACACUGCAAAGCUUUACAGCAAAAGCCAACCAAUUGACGGGUCCAAUCCCCAAAAGCUUGAAAAUGCAUGUGCAAGAGUUUAACAAGUGUCUUCCUUCAAGAUAA